CGCUCUGCAUUGAAGUUCACAAGGACACACCCAUAUGAUUUGAGGGCUGAGUUCUUAUUUCCGUAUUCCUUGAAAAAAAACACGUUUUAGAAGUGGAUAUUGAAGGGUUUUUGAAGAUAUGGCAGAAGAUCGGAUUGAAGAGGGUAGCAGCAGCGUGAGGCUGAGGGGUAGAACUUACAGUGGUGGUGGGGUGGGUGAGUCGAGAUGGGUGGAUGGUAGUGAAGUUGACUCAGAGUCACCUCCAUGGUCAUUGCUUGAUGAAAAUGACGACAAAGAAGGGUAUGGAUCUUUGAGGAGGAGACUGGUUAAGAAGCCCAAGAGAGUUGAUUCCCUUGAUGUUGAAGCCAUGGCGAUUGCCGGUGCUCAUGGUCACCAAACUAAGGAGCUUUCCAUUUGGCGCACUCUUGCAUUGGCAUUUCAAACACUAGGGGUUGUGUACGGUGACAUGGGAACAAGUCCUUUAUACGUUUUCAGUGAUGUCUUCAGCAAAGUAAAAAUAGAAUCAGAGGUGGAUAUCUUGGGGGCUUUAUCACUUGUGAUGUACACAAUAGCUUUGAUCCCCUUGGCAAAAUAUGUGUUUGUAGUGCUUAAAGCCAAUGAUAAUGGGGAGGGGGGAACGUUUGCACUGUACUCACUAAUUUGCAGAUAUGCGAAGGUCAACAUGCUGCCGAAUCGUCAGCCAGCAGAUGAACAGAUAUCAAGUUUUAAGCUCAAACUGCCUACUCCGGAGUUAGAAAGGGCUUUAAGCAUAAAAGAGACUUUGGAAAGGAGAUCAUCCUUGAAGACCCUCCUAUUGCUAUUGGUUUUGAUGGGAACUUCCUUGGUCAUAGGAGAUGGUAUUCUGACCCCGGCAAUAUCUGUUAUGUCUGCUGUAAGUGGUCUUCAGGGUGCCAUUGAAGGCUUUGAUACAACUCUGGUGGUGGUUGUUUCGAUUGUAAUCCUGGUGGCAUUGUUCAGCAUACAGCAGUUUGGAACCAGCAAAGUUGGUUUCAUGUUUGCUCCUGCACUUGCUUUGUGGUUCUUCUCUCUGGGUUCAAUAGGAAUUUACAAUCUAGUGAAGUAUGAUACUGCAGUCAUCAGGGCAUUCAAUCCAGCUUAUAUCUAUUUUUUCUUCAAGAAGAACAGAAAAGAUGCAUGGUCCGCCCUUGGAGGUUGUGUCCUGUGCAUUACAGGAGCUGAAGCAAUGUUUGCUGAUUUAGGGCAUUUCUCUGUGCAAUCCAUACAGAUUGCCUUCACCUUUGUAGUGUUUCCCUGUCUUCUCUUUGCAUACAUGGGCCAGGCCGCGUAUCUAAUGAAAUACCCUGAUUCUUCGGGACGAAUUUUCUAUGAUUCUGUUCCAGAUAACCUUUUCUGGCCAAUGCUUGUGGUAGCUACCAUUGCUGCCAUGAUUGCCAGCCAAGCAAUGAUAUCUGCUACAUUUUCAUGCGUCAAGCAGGCUAUGGCUCUCGGUUGUUUCCCUAGACUGAAGAUAAUUCACACCUCGAGGAAACUGAUGGGCCAAAUUUACAUCCCUGUGAUAAAUUGGUUUUUGAUGAUCAUGUGUGUAGUUGUUGUUUCCAUCUUUCGCAGCACUACUGAUAUUGCCAAUGCAUAUGGCAUAGCUGAAGUUGGUGUUAUGUUGGUCACGACGACAUUGGUGACACUCGUAAUGCUUCUAAUAUGGCAGACCAAUUUGUUUAUCGCUUUGUGCUUUCCGUUCAUAUUCGGAUCAAUAGAGCUUAUCUAUCUCUCCGCUGUUCUUUCUAAAGUCUUGGAGGGAGGUUGGCUUCCACUUGUUUUUGCUACUUUCUUUCUCACGGUCAUGUACAUUUGGAACUACGGCAGUGUGUUGAAGUACCAGAGUGAGGUCAGAGAGAAAAUAUCUAUGGACUUCAUGCAUGAACUUGGCUCAACACUUGGGAGUGUAAGAACUCCGGGGAUUGGUUUGUUGUAUAAUGAGCUUGUCCAGGGUAUCCCCUCGAUAUUCGGGCGGUUUCUACUUAGCCUACCAGCCAUCCAUUCGACAAUCGUGUUUGUUUGCAUCAAAUACGUCCCAGUUCCCGUGGUCCCUCAGGAUGAGAGAUUCCUUUUCCGAAGAGUUUGCCCGAAGGACUACCAUAUGUUCCGGUGUAUUGCUAGAUACGGUUACAAAGAUAUCCGAAAGGAGGAUCAUCAUGCGUUCGAACAACUUUUGGCUCAAAGCCUCGAGAAUUUCUUGCGGAAAGAAGCUCAAGAUGUUGCCUUGGAGUGCGGUUUGCAAGAAAUGGACCUUGAUAGUGUUUCAGUGAGCUCAAGGGAUUACGGAACCAGGGGUGUUGUCGAUAAUGAGGAGCUUAGAAUCCCAUUGAUGCAGGACACGAGAUCAGAAGCAGCAGAAACAUCUAACCAAGAAGAAGCUUCAGUCUCAUUGCCUGCUAGUGUCAUGUCUUCAGAUAUAGACCCGAGUUUAGAAUACGAACUGUCUGCACUGCAAGAGGCGAUCGAUUCCGGAUUUACAUAUUUUCUGGCACAUGGAGAUGUGAGAGCGAAAAAGAAGUCAUUUUUCCUUAAGAAGCUCGUCAUAAACUACUUGUACGCAUUCCUAAGGAGAAACUGUCGAGCGGGAGCCGCAAAUAUGAGCGUACCUCACAUGAAUAUCCUGCAAGUAGGUAUGACAUACAUGGUCUGAUGAUUUUGCCAUCCCAUCAAAAAGCAGCCAUUUUUGACGGAUGAUUCAGCGGAGGCCAUUUCCAUGUCAAAUAUUGCUCAUCAACUCUCAACAAGUUUUUGAGUAUUAAGCCAAGAAUUAUAGAAUAUUUGUACAUCAAGAUUGGCUCAGUGAAAAGAAUUAUAUUAAACCUGUUCGUAUUGUGUGUAGAUAGGGAUGCAAAUGAGGCAUUUGUUAUCCCAUUU